AUGAAUGGUUUCACUGUGGAAUAUUUGAAACAUAACUUCAGUUCAUUGAGUUUGGAGCAAAAAAUUGAAAUAAAAAAUGCGGGAAGACCUACACCAGAAAUUAACUUAACUCAGACCACAAAGGGUAAAUCUAGAGACUUUAUUAGAAAGUUUAAAAUGGAAAUAUAUGAAAAGAAUAACUGGAUUUGUGGAUGCAGCACAACAAACCGUUUGUUUUGUUUUUCCUGUUUGUUGUUUGGUCACGGGGUUGCAGAGCCUGCCUGGACAAAAAAUGGAAUAGCCGACUUAGGACAUUUAGCACAAAAAAUUAAGAAACAUGAAAACACUCAAGUCCAUAUCAAUGCGCAACUGGAAAUGCAGCUUUUGGGAAAAGUAGAUAUACGGCAGCAGUUGGACAGUGCAUAUAGGCGCAGUAUUCAACAGCAAAAUGAACAAGUUAGAAAGAAUAGAGGUUUAAUAAAUUUCACUGCCGAAUUAGAUAUAGCACUUAAAGAUCAUUUUGAAAAAUCGACAGUAUUCAAAGGGGUAUCAAAAAUCAUUCAAAACGAAUUGUUAGAUUGCAUGUUACAAGUGGCUCAGGAAAAUAUAAGGAAAGAAAUUUUGGAAGCUGAAUUUGUUGCUGUUAUGGCUGACGAAACAACGGAUGUAGCUAAUUGUUAUCAAAUGACUACAGUAUUUAGGUACAUUCUACCAGAUGGAAGGCCAGUUGAACGUUUUUGGAAUUUUGUUACCCCCCCUGACCACGAUGCAGUUAGUCUCUCAGAAUGUGUAAGAACUAAUUUAAUACAAGUGCUAGAUAAACCAGAGAAACUGAUAGCUCAAAGUUAUGACGGCGCUAGUGUAAUGAGUGGACGUCGUGGAGGUGUUCAAGCUCUUAUCCAACGCGAUUAUAUUUAUGCUUAUUUCAUUCAUUGUUAUGCCCACCAGCUAAAUUUGAUUUUAUUGCAAGCUACAAGCCAAAAUCAAGAAGUACGGGUAUUUUUUUCAAAUUUAAGCGAUAUUUCAACUUUUUUUUCUCAUUCUCCACAACGAGUUGCAGUUUUGGAUGACAUUGUUGGUGCAAGAGUUCCUAGGUCUUCUGUUACAAGAUGGAAUUUUAAAAGCAGAUCUAUAAAUACAGUAUAUGAAUAUCGCGAAUUGUUAAUAGAAUGCAUGGAAAAAAUAGAAGCUACUUCAAAACAAACUGUUACCAUCAAUCAAGCCACUGGUAUUGGCCGUAUGCUACAAGAUUCUAAGUUUGUGUUCUGGCUAACUGUAUUUCAUCGAAUAUUGCCACAUGCUGAUAUUUUAUAUAAUCAGUUACAAAAAACAGUGACUGACCCAGUGCAAAUUCAGACUGCCAUAAAGUGUUUUGAAAACUGCAUCCAAAAAGAGAGAGACUGCUUGGAAACAAUUGAAACUGAAAUUUCUGAAGAUACCACUACUACUCAAACUAAAAAGCGUCGUGCAAAUGAAGACCAGCAUAUUUGCAGAGCUGUUGCAGCCAAGGAAGUUUGUGAUACCAUAAUUACACAUGUAACAGAUAGAUUUUCUUUUACAAAACAUUUAAAUGCAGCUAUUCUUCUUUCUUCUGACAAAUUUCCACAAUUUGAAAAGCAUUUUCCAUUGCAAUAUUUGGAAACUGUAGUAGAAGCAUAUUCGUUUUUAGAUAAAGUUCGUCUCCAGACUGAAUUGGAAUUAAUUUACCGGCGACCUGACUUCAGGAAUAUGACUGGUGCCAUUAGUUUGUUACAGUUUUUUAUAGAAAAUAAUCUUCAGAGCAUAUUUUCUGCCACCUUUACACUUUUACAAAUAAUUGUUACCAUACCAAUGACUACGGCCGAAAGUGAAAGAUGCUUUUCGACAUUGAAGAGAAUAAAAACAUUUUUGCGAAGUUCUAUGAAUGAAGAAAGACUGUCAGCGCUAGCAAUGCUAUCUAUCGAGAAAAAAUGUAUAGCGGGUAUUCCAAACUUUAACGAGUUAAUUAUUGAUAAAUUUUCUGCAAAUAAAAUCAGGAGAAUGGACUUUACGUUUAAACACUGUACUCAUUAA